GUGAUGAUUAAAAACAAUAUUAUAAAAUUUUGAUGUAGGAGAUCCUUGACCAGUUAGCAUGCAUUAUUGCCUUUUCAAGGUAAAAUUUGUUAGGCAAAGAAGAAAUUCAACAUUCCUAUUUGCCAUGGAUUGUUAUAUUUAACUGUUGCAAACUUUCUGUGUGGCUGAAUCACUCCGUAAUUCCAGAAAUGGCUAAAAGAUUGUGAAUUCUCAAUCGAAUUGGCCAAAUUGAACUCUCUCGUUUUUGGCCACAUUCCCCACACUACUAAAACUCAAGAAAAAAUUCCUGCUUGCUAUACUCUUUUUCAUCCUUCCUCUGCUUCAUUUCUUUAAGACUUUCUUUCUUUCUUUUCCGCACUUCUUCGCAGAAAUAUGAACUCGAUUCACCAGGAUCACGACCAUGACCUGCUAAGCGGCCUGCCAGAUGAUAUAUUGUUGCAAAUACUUUCCAUCGUACCCAUCAAAGACGCAGCAAAAACUGCUCUGUUCCGAAGAUUUGGGAGCCUCUGGCGUAGGAUUCCUGUUCUUGAUCUUGAUCAGUGCAGUUAUCAUGUCUGUCACAACGGCCCUUAUCACAACAAGCAAUUCAUCAACCUAAUCCAUCAAGUAAUCAAGCUGAAUUCGAGCAUGACCAUCGAGAAACUGCGCCUAAAGAUGCAUUUCUACAAGGGCCGUGACGAGAAUGACUUGCUCUUGGAGGAUUUUGCAGCUGAAAUCAACUCAGUGGUUCAUUACGCUCUGAGCAGGAAAGUGAAAGUUCUCGAUCUUGAUUUUCUGGGUUGUGGAUUAUUCGAGCUUGUUGAGGAUUACACCGUGCCGGAUUCUGUUUUCAGAAGCGAUUGCUUGGUAGAAUUAAGGCUGGCCUAUUGUGAUAUCCAAAAUAGGGGAGGAAGAAGAGGAGGAGAAAUUCGUCUGAAAUCACUGAAAAUCUUGUUUCUCAAUGGGGUGGAAUUGAAUGACGAGUUGAUGGAGAUGAUCUUACUGGGUUGUCCAUUGCUUGAAGAUUUGAGUAUGAUCGGUGGUUCUUCUUUGACCAAGUUGAAUUGCAAUGGGAAUUCGAAUAUGAAGAGGUUGAAUUUGGUCCUGCAUAUGGGGAAGCCAUUGAUGAUCUCUUAUCCAGGGAAUUUAGUGUCAGUGGAGAUUGGAGGUUGUGUAGAACGUGCCAGGCUAGUUUGAUGUUGAUUGCCUGUUCAUUCGGGCCAAUGCAAUAUGUGAUCCAUUUCAGAUUCUCUUCCAUCUCUUUCGUGUAUUAAUUGUGUUUUGUAGUAACAUAUAGGAGAUAUAUAAAGUAAUGUACUUUCAGUAUUUGCAGAAUUUUUUUGGUAACGUCGGGCAUGGGUAAAUUCAAGUCCACUGCAGUAGGUUGUAAAAAAAUACAUUGACG